UUUUUUGGACUUUCCAGUAAUAGUUACUUUUAUGUUUCCCCUCAGUUCCCAAAAUUCCUUUUUCCUUCCAAAAUAUCACUUCUCAAUAGGAUUACCGUUUUCGAUUCGGGCAGACGUUUGAUUCAUUUUAUCACCCUCAUUUUUAUCGGGCCGGCCCGACCGAGUCUUUUUCGGGCUAAAAUUCAAUGCACGGCUCGUUUUUUCGGACCGGGCCAGCAAUCCUACUCAUUUAUAGAAAAUCUUCGUUUAAGUGAUAACAAUUUCGAUUCACAAACAACUAUUACUGACUUUUUUUCUUUUUAGAAGGGACAGUUUUUUUAUUUUACCUUGGAUAGUUUAUUGUUUUUUCUUGAAAAUUUUUUGGCUUGUGAAUUGCUGCUUUCUUGCCCAUUUAUUCUUAAACAUUUUCUUUUUUAGCCACAAUUUUCAUACAAAAAAUAAACGAUGACCUAUAGAAUGAAUUCCCUAUUUAAAAGACUCAGUUUUAACGUCGAGACAUCUCCAGUUUCUGUCAGAAUACCUCAAAGUGCUUUUCAAAUUAUUCUUUCGGCCAAAAAAUGUGAAUGUCAAAAAGAGGAUGAGGAAAAUAAAAAAGAACAUGCAAAAGUAGAAUUGGCUAUAGAACCAGCCAAUUUGUCAGGAGAUGAAAAAGGGGAUGGAUAUGAACUUAUUGUUGAUUAUAAAUUGGUUGUUGAUUCGGAAACAAAAUUGAUUGAACGUGAUAGAUGGAAAGACAAAGAAGUUUUACAAGAAAUUGAAACAAACUCGUGUACUAUAGAUUGGCUAGAAUUUUCCCUUUGUGUAAGAGAAAUGCUUGGAAUACCUGGAGAUUUGAGUGUUUCUAACGGUUUUCGAAAUUUUGCUAUUUUGAAUUCAGACAGGACUUGGUAUGUCAACACAAAUCAACUAAACACAUUUGGAGGGCGUUUAUUUAAAGAAUGGUAUGAAAGGGAUAGUCAAGGAGAAAGUAAUUGUGUUGUCCAAUCUUUGACUGUAAAUGAAUUAAAUCAACUUUUAACUGCCUGUUGUGCUUAUUCAACGCCUGUUGUUCACAGAAAUUUCGAUGUUCUUUUAGAAAUUGCUGAUAAAGAAAAAAUUACUGGUCUUUUGCGUUUAUUGGAGUCUUUUCUUGUUGAAAGCCGUGUUGUACAUCCAAUUAGGAAAUUGGAAUAUUCUGCAGGUUUUUUUUCAAAUUUUUUAAAAAAUUUUUGA